GCUCGGCGCUGCUCACCCUGAGCCCGGCCCGGAGGAGGACGAGCGGCGGCUGGAGGAGGAGGAGGAGGGGAGCGCCCAUGGCGCGGGGGCGCCGGGCGCCGGCGCUGCGCACUCGGCUGCACGGGCUGCGCCUCAUGUGCUCGGCGCGGGCGGCGCCGGCGCGCCGGGCGCUCUGGGUGCUCGCCUUCUGCACGGCGCUGGGGCUGCUGCUGGCCUGGUCCUCCGACCGCCUGCUGCACUGGCUCGCUUUCCCCUCGCACACCCGCGUGCGCACCGAGUGGAGCCGCCAGCUGCCCUUCCCCGCCGUCACGCUGUGCAACAACAACCCGCUGCGCUUCCCUCGCCUGUCCAAGGGCGACCUGUACUACGCGGGGCACUGGCUGGGGCUGCUGCUGCCCAACCGCACCGCGCGGCCGCUGCUCACCGAGCUGCUGCGCGCCGACGAGGCGCGACUGCGUUGGUUCGCCAAAUUGGCCGAUUUCCGCCUCUUUCUGCCGCCCCGCCACUACGAGGGCAUCAGCGCCGACUUCAUGGACCGCCUGGGCCACCAGCUGGAGGACAUGCUGCUGUCCUGCAAGUACCGCGGCGAGCUCUGCGGCCCGCACAACUUCUCCGCGGUGUUUACAAAAUAUGGGAAAUGCUACAUGUUUAACUCAGGAGAGGAGGGGCGGCCUCUCCUCACCACAGUGAAGGGGGGCACAGGGAAUGGCCUGGAAAUCAUGCUGGACAUCCAGCAGGACGAGUAUCUGCCCAUCUGGGGAGAAACAGAGGAGACGACGUUCGAGGCCGGAGUCAAGGUGCAGAUCCACAGCCAGUCCGAGCCUCCCUUCGUGCAGGAGCUGGGAUUUGGGGUGGCCCCCGGAUUCCAGACCUUUGUGGCCACCCAGGAGCAAAGGCUGACGUACCUGCCCCCGCCGUGGGGCGAGUGCCGCUCCCCGGAGCUGGGCCUGGCGUUUUUCCCAGUGUACAGCGUGACAGCCUGCAGGAUCGACUGCGAGACACGCUACAUCGUGGAGAACUGCAACUGCAGGAUGGUGCACAUGCCAGGGGAUGCUCCCUUCUGCACCCCGGAGCAGUACAAGGAAUGCGCAGAGCCCGCACUCAGUCUCCUGGCAGAGAAGGACAGCAAUUACUGCAUCUGCAGGACCCCCUGUAACCUCACCAGGUACAACAAGGAGCUCUCCAUGGUCAAGAUCCCCAGCAAGACCUCAGCCAAGUACCUGGAGAAGAAGUUCAACAAGUCAGAAAAAUACAUCUCAGAGAAUAUUCUCGUGCUGGACAUUUUUUUUGAAGCACUCAACUAUGAGACCAUUGAGCAGAAGAAAGCCUACGAAGUGGCAGCCUUACUUGGUGACAUUGGUGGCCAGAUGGGACUGUUCAUCGGGGCCAGCAUCCUCACCAUCCUCGAGCUCUUCGAUUACCUGUACGAGCUGAUCAAGGAGAAGUUAUUGGACCUUCUUGGAAAAGACGAAGAGGACGGGAGCCAUGAGGAGAACGUGAGCACCUGUGAUCCAGUACCAAACCACUCGGAGAGCCUGAGCCACACUGUGACCGUGCCCCUGCAGGCCCCGCUGGGGACACUGGAGGAAAUUGCCUGCUGACCCCUCCCCACCACAGUGCCCAUCCCGAGGAAGGAAAACUGCACAGGGAAAACAGGGACCCAGCUCAGGUUUGCACUGGGGGGAAAAAAAAAGAUGGAAAAAAAAAUACUGGGGAAAAAAUACUGGGGAAAAAAACCCUGAAAAAAAUUAUUAAAAAAAUCUAUUAAAAAAUAAAAAAAAAAAAAGAAGAAAAACUCGCUAUGCAUUAAAAGAAUAUAAAAAUAAUAUAAAAAUAUAAGUUCUAAAUAUACUCUGCCCAAAGUGAGAGGCGCCUUGGACCUGACUCCUGUUGUCCUUUCUCCUGGGGGUUUGGCUCCAACCUGGGAAGCAGCUCACAGGCUGGGAGAGCUGGGACUGUUCACCUGGAAAAGGGAAGCUCAGAGAAGAGAAACCUCAGAGCCCCUCCCAAUGCCUAAAGAGGCUCCAGGAGAGCUGGAGAGGGACUUGGCACACGGGAUGGAGGGCCAGGAUAUUUUUUGGGAUUGUCCAAGCCUGGGCAGCAGCAGCAGCAGCAGCAGCAAAUCCCAAAGGAAGCAUCCCAAAUAUCCCGAGCACUGCAUGCCAGGGCUUUUCCUGGCCCCGAGAUUCCUCAGCUGCCUCUCUCAGCUCUGUUCCUCUUUGCAGUCCCUGGGUUUCAGUGCCAGAAGGAGCAUCCCAGAAUUCUCAAUUUCCAGCGCCGUAGGCUGACAGUUUUAGAAUAAAGAGAUCCCAAAGUCAGCGCUCUCAGAUUCCUCCCCCGGCCACGUCCUCUGGGUGAGGUUGGGCUGAACCCUGAGCUCAGCCCAAGGUGAGCAUCCCUGGAGAGGAGCCACAGGGAUCCCUAUGGAUUAUCCCAGCCCUGCUGUGCUGCAGAGUCCACAGCGGGUGCAGCGGGUGGGGUUGGGUUCAUUAAUUUCUUUAAUUUUGGGGGAGAAUUUGUGGAAUUUCCUUCUUCUCCCAUUCAUGGAUUCUGUGCUUUCUCCUCUUCUCCUGACUGAUAUUAAAGCUGGUCUUGUGGAAAUGGC